UUCAAGCUCACACACCAAGAAACUAAAGAGAACUUGAAUGGGUUCCAAGAUGUCUAGAGAAUCUCUUAGACUUUUCCCGCUUCUCUUCACUCUCCUCUACCUGGUUUCUGUCAUUUCUUUGGUGGAAUCUCGUCCUCCUUUCGCUUGCGACCCGAGGAACGGGUUGACGAGGAGCUUGAGGUUCUGCAGGGUGAAUUUGCCGUUGCAUGUCAGGGUGAGGGACUUGCUGGGGAGGUUGACGUUGCAGGAGAAGAUACGGCUGUUGGUGAACAAUGCCGCCGCCGUGCCUAGGCUGGGGAUUCAGGGCUACGAGUGGUGGUCCGAGGCCCUUCAUGGGGUGUCCAAUGUGGGUCCUGGGGCCAAGUUUGGUGGUGCCUUCCCUGGUGCCACCAGCUUCCCUCAAGUCAUCACCACCGCUGCUUCCUUCAAUGAAUCCCUCUGGGAGCAAAUCGGACGGGUGGUCUCGGAUGAAGCUAGAGCAAUGUACAAUGGAGGGAUGGCUGGUUUGACGUACUGGAGCCCCAAUGUCAACAUAUUCCGUGACCCACGAUGGGGCCGAGGCCAAGAGACUCCAGGUGAAGACCCCGUCUUAGCCGGUAAGUACGCCGCCCGCUACGUCCAGGGGCUCCAGAGUGCCGCUGGGAACCGGCUCAAAGUUGCAGCCUGCUGUAAGCAUUACACCGCUUAUGAUCUUGAUAAUUGGAAUGGUGUGGAUCGAUACCAUUUCAAUGCCAGGGUUAGCAAGCAGGACCUGGCGGAUACAUACGAUGUGCCAUUCAAAGCAUGUGUGGUGGAAGGGAAAGUUGCGAGUGUUAUGUGCUCUUACAAUCAAGUCAAUGGGAAGCCCACUUGCGCAGACGCAGACCUACUCAAGGGUACCAUCCGUGGUGAAUGGCACCUUAACGGGUAUAUUGUGUCAGAUUGUGAUUCGGUUGGGGUGAUGUAUGAUACUCAACAUUACACAGCUACCCCGGAAGAGUCUGCUGCAGCUACCAUCAAAGCAGGCUUGGAUUUGGAUUGUGGGCCUUUUUUGGCAGUGCACACAGACCUGGCAGUAAGGAGGGGCUUGUUGGCUGAGAUUGAUGUUGACAUGGCCCUGGCCAACACUAUCACAGUCCAAAUGAGGCUCGGCAUGUUUGAUGGAGAGCCAUCAGCCCAACCAUAUGGGAACCUGGGCCCAAGAGAUGUGUGCACUCCGGCUCACCAACAGCUUGCUCUCGAGGCUGCCAGACAAGGCAUUGUUUUGCUGAAGAAUUCUGGGCCUUCCCUGCCGUUGUCCACUUCACGUCAUCGCACUGUUGCAGUUAUUGGACCCAACUCUGAUGUCACUGUGACAAUGAUAGGAAACUAUGCAGGUGUCGCAUGUGGUUACACCAGUCCCCUGAAAGGUAUUUCAAGAUACGCUAGAACCAUUCACCAGGCAGGGUGCUCAGAUGUUGCCUGCAACGCAAACAAUCUGUUCGGAGCAGCGGAGGCUGCCGCCCGCCAGGCUGACGCAACUGUACUCGUAAUGGGGCUUGACCAAUCGAUUGAAGCAGAAUUCAGGGACAGGAAAGGGCUGCUCUUGCCUGGACGCCAGCAAGAGCUGGUUUCCAGAGUGGCUAGAGCCUCUAGAGGCCCUACUGUGUUGGUAUUGAUGUCAGGCGGUCCAAUUGAUGUGUCAUUUGCUAAGAAUGAUCCUCGAGUGAGCGCCAUUUUGUGGGCUGGUUAUCCAGGCCAAGCUGGAGGUGCUGCAAUUGCUGAUGUUUUAUUUGGAACAACUAAUCCAGGAGGAAAGCUGCCAAUGACAUGGUAUCCACAAGACUAUGUAGCCAAAGUGCCAAUGACAAACAUGGGCAUGAGGCCAUCCGGAGGCUACCCUGGAAGAACGUACCGUUUCUACCAGGGUCCCGUGGUGUUUCCUUUUGGCCAUGGCAUGAGCUAUACAACCUUCAAACACUCUUUAGCCCAAGCUCCAACCGAGCUCUCAGUCCCUCUCAACACCAAUCUCUAUGCCACCACAAACUCAACCUUGUCGAGCAAUGCCGUCAGAGUGAAACAUGCCAAUUGCGACUCACUCUCAUUACCCUUCCACAUUGAUGUGCAAAACACUGGCAACAUGGAUGGAACUCACACCUUGCUCGUUUUCUCCACACCUCCUGCCGGGAAAUGGUCUCCGAACAAGCAACUGAUAGGUUUCCAUAGAGUUCAUGUCCUCGCCGGGUCUCAGCAACGAGUCAAAAUCAACAUUCAUGCCUGCAAACACUUCUCUAUAGUUGAUGAGUUCGGAAUUCGAAGAAUUCCCAUGGGUGCACAUAGUUUACACAUUGGGGAUCUCAAGCAUUCUAUUUCUCUCCAAGCAAAUUUGAAGGGCAUCAAGCCCUAGACUCUCAGGACUUAGGACAUCACAGAAAUCCAUAGAAAAAGAAAAACUAAGUUAAUUAUUAUUAUUAUUACAAGUAUUCUUAGUAAAUCCUCUCUCGAAUCAUAUGAGAAAAAUCUCAAAGAUUGGAGAGAGUUCCACUUCAAUCCCAAAGGGAAGAAAGUGGUCAAGAAUUAUAAGUUUCCUUAUAGACUAGGAAUUGAGUCCCCAAUCUGUUUUGUUUUUACGGAAAAAGAAAACAAAAUUGAUUGAAAAAUAGAAUUGGUCAAUGAAUAAUAGAACGAAACCAGCUCAAGCUUCUGCUGGUUUCAGGCCUUGGUAUUGUAUGCUUGUUUAAAAAGUUUGUACUUCAGCUCUUGUUCAAAGGAAAUAUUCAAGUAUAAUUGCAUUGCCUAGCUCA